AUGCCGACUCCUUCUUCAGACCAACCGCCCGAUCCCUCGUCGCCACCUCCCUUUACCUUCUCGACGUGCCCCGACGACGUGCAGUAUCCUCCCCGCUCACCUCACCAGGCCACCGCCACAUCACAGCAGCCUGAUAGCAUUGAGGUGCGACCCGACUCAUCACUCGACGGGCCGUCGCCACCGGCUUUCGAAUCUCAUGCCGACCGAGGGGAACAUGUUGCUAGCCACGAGGCUCGCGUCCUAGGCUACCAACCAUCGUCCCCCGAGCCAUCCUCGAGAGCCACGACCGUUUCUCCUGGCCCGCAAUCCACUGCCACGGAAAUCACUUCCCCGGUGCCGAGCGGGCCAGACAAUGAUAUAGCCAAGGCCUGCGAAUCCGGGCCUGAUGGACCUGUCAGCCAAACCAUGUCGACCGCGUCAAGGCGCUCACCCGGCGGGACUUCGACUUCUUCCCUCGCUCGGGACAUGGAUCCUCAGGACUUGCUCAUGUACGAUGACGGGGAUGACCUCUUUAGCUCCACCUCUAUGGGAAUGGAUUUUUCCAGUAUGCGGACCAUCCCAAUAUCACCGUCGUCAUAUCUCCGCCCCGGCAGCAGAUUUCAUGGAACGCAGCAAUCCGAGCGGCAGGUGUACGAUGUUCAGGUAGAAAUCAAGCACGUCGAUAUGCGCGAAUCGUUUCUUUGCGGCUAUCUGCGUAUCCAAGGCCUUACCGAAGAUCAUCCAACCCUCACGACGUACUUUGAGGGCGAAAUCAUUGGAUCAAAGUACGGGUUCGUCACUCAGCACGAGGACUGGGGCGCGAGCUUGAAAACGGACAUGAAUCACUGGAGCAAGUUUGGUGCGUUCCGGCCUUUCCAGAAGCAUGUUCGCAAGGGCCCGGUCGUCAUACAGGAUGUCGCCCAGAAAGAAAACAUCUUCAUGCGAUGGAAGGAGCACUUCCUGAUGAAGGGAGAGGUGAACGGGAUCUACUUCCACUCCAAAAGCGAAAAGUUCCAGCAGCUGGAGUUAAAGCACGUCCCGGACCGUGGAUGUUUCAGCGCUACGGAGUUUCGGUAA